GAGACGUAUACACGGAGGACAUUUCACACUUGCACACGUCUGGUACGCGCUUGCGAGCCUUUCGCUUUAUAAAACAUUACGUGCCCAGGUAUUACACGGGAAAAGACGAGUCAGUGUGUGCCCCGGACGUUCCGAGAUACACGACGGAUCGACUUUUCUCGAACGUCGUUGUUUUUGUGGCCCGUGCUUGCGAGGGAUUUCACGUUUUCACGACACGUGCAAGACAAAGCUGUGAAAUCGAAUAAAGAAGACGGAGAAAGAGCGAGAGAGAGAAGUGUCUACAUCUCGUGGCGCCCCGUUGUGUUUUUCUACGGAAAGCUGAGCUCAAGAACCUGCCGUCGUGAACUUUCCGAAUGGAAAGAAAGAGGGAUUUACGCGACCAUGAUAAAUAAUAUAAAAUCCUUCUCGGGCGGCUCGUGAUACAGAAUCGGCGAAAUUCAACGAAGAGGCGAGGGAGGACCUUGAAUGGACCGACACCGAUGGAUGGACAAGUUUUAUCCCAAUCGAACCGGAUUCACAAGGUUACGAAGCUCUCCCCGAGACCCCGCAAAACGGAAGCUUGCCGAAGAGGACGAAACAAGCUUCCGGAGUUGGACCGCAACGAAACGAUCCUCGAGGGAGAUAAUAAUUCGUCGACGUUUGCGAGGAAGACGUCUUUUCCUUGGUAACUCCGGAAGAAUUGCCUGUCGCUGAAUAUUUACAAGGGACUCCGCGUUUGGAAAGGGAAUAGAAAACCGAUCGUUCCCGGCCAGUGACAGCGACGGCUUAAACGAGAAAAAGGGAAACGACAGGGACGCUUAAGGUUUCUAUUCUUCGCCGGUAGAUUACGCGUACGGCACGAGAAAAAGAGACGACACGGGAACGUCUUGGCUUGGACGCGAGUAGUGUGAACGAGUGGGUGAGAAAGUAACGUCGAAAAGUGAACACGAUGUUCGACGAUGGUGAGAAGGAAAUGAAGGUGACGGUGCUCGGUCGAUAAGAAGAGUUACGCGUAGUGCCAAGAAAGUAAAUAGAGAGAGAGAGAGAAGAAAAAAAGUGUACUCGGUUGGGGGAUAUUUUCGCGGCAGUGAUCCCGGUCGACAGUGUCGUGAAUAUUUCAAUGACAGAACCGAAUGUCGGUAAACACAGUGGAAGGGUACGGCUAGGACAAUGCGAUUAAGAACACGCGUUCAGUGUGUGAGCGUCGCUCGAGGAAAGGAAACUAUUCGUCUUCGCUGAUCUCGCGUUUGGUGACUUCGUACGAAAUAUUAUUUUUGUGUUUCCUUUUAUUUUACUUUCUUCCUCUCUCCCUCCCUCCCUGCCUACCACCUCUACCCGCGCGUGUUUCGUUUUCCGGACUCGCGAAUCGAGGAACUCGAAUCCCGAAUCGCGCGGUUGUACACGAAAUCGUCGGUACGAAUAUUCCCGCGCAUUGACGGAUUGAGGAAGUGUCGAGUGGUGAUACAUCAGUGGUGCGUUUCAUUCGUCGUCGAGUGGUGAAUAUCGCGCGUUGUUAGCGGUGCGAGGGUAUGGUGAAGGGUGGUGGUGGUGGUGGUGGUGGUGGCAGAUCGCGUGACAAGAAAACGUUCGUCUGUGACUCUUUAAACCAUUACCACGGAUCUCCCCCGGCAUUUUGACUCCGCAGCCAUCCUCGAUGAGAGGAGGCACAUGUCCAUUGCUGCUGCUGAAAAUGCAGGGCCUAGCCCGUGUGAACUACAGGACCCACUUUGGGUCAAAAUGAGUGCGAUUACUGGCAGCAUCACCAAGAAGAGAAAGAAAUCAGAUUCCAAGUCUCAGUCGCAAAUUAACAAGUGCCUUAAUGAGAAAAGACGACGGAACCUGGAGAGCCAUUUUAUCGAUGAGAUUGCCGAGCUGGUUUCCGCCACGGACAUGAGCUCUGGCAAGACUGACAAAUGCCAGAUCCUUCAGAGAGCCGUCGACCGGAUGCAGCACAUUACGCAACAGAAAGGCUCGAAUAGUCAUGCCGUUCAACAGGGUGAAGUGUCUUCGUCGAAUCGUAACAUACUGUCCAGCGAUCAAGUUGGUUCCGUUUUACUCGAGGCGCUAGAUGGCUUUCUAUUUGUUGUAAAUACGGAGGGACGCGUGGAGUGCGUAUCGGAUAAUAUAACACAAUAUAUAAAUUAUACGAGGGACGAUGUGCUCGGCAAGGAUAUUUAUAAUAUUAUUCACCAUGGAGACCACAACACCUUCAUGCCGAGCUUGUUGCCCAUGUCACUAGGCUGGACGAGCGAGCCACAGCCCCAAGCGAAGAAUCGUACCUUCAAUUGCCGCUUCUUGGUGAAGCCGCCCGAUGAUAAAGAAGAGACUAUGGAAGAGAAGCAGCAACGAGUAUCGAAAUACGAGUCUAUGCAAAUCUGUUCAGCUCUUUUGCCAAGUAAUAGCGAUCGUCUGGAGAGCGGUGACGUGUCCUCCGAAUCCUCGGACAUCGGUCCUUGCGUAAUGUGCGUGGCUCGAAGGAUACCGCCGAACGAGAAGCCCAUCGGUUCGUCCAUCGAGCAGUUCACUGUUAAGUUGGACACCACGGGGAAGAUUGUAGCGGUCGAUGUCAGCUGGUUGUCGCCUCCUUACUCCAAGUACCUAACCAAGGUAAGGGACCUGAUUGGCACUACAAUAAAAGACUUGUGCCACCCUCUUGAUCUCAGUAAGCUAACUGCACAUUUGAACGAUACGCUUCAAGUCGGUCAGAGUACCAGCGGCGUGUACCGGCUACGCGUUAGUCCUGAUAAGUUCCUUAACAUUCAAACAAAGUCAAAACUUUUCAAAGCAAAUGUGAUGAAUACACACGAUACCGACUUCAUUAUGGCCACCAACUCUAUCAUCGGGGACAAUGACUUAACGCCUAUCGAGGGUGGUCAGCUUUCCAACAACAAAGUGUGCUCAGGACACUCUAGUAACCGUUGUGCGAAUAAUAGUAAUAAUAAUAAUGGUAACAAUAAGAAUAACGUGGGUGGCCCGCUGAUGCCCGUGGCACAUCUGAACGGUCAAGUGGGCGGUAUCAGUGGCCGGGGGUUGGCGGGCACGUCGUCACACGGUGCCGCGGCUACCUCGUCGUCGUCGAACUCGAUAGUAUUUAGCGCGGCCGAGUCUUGCAACCCCCUGCCGUCGCUAAGUACCAGUAAUCCGUUCAACCACUUUUCGGGGAACAUGGACUUGGAAUUCGAGCUCUUCCCCAGUUCCACAUGGGACUUGGAUAGUAGCAGCGGGUGGGCAGAUAGGCCCGAGUCGAGAGCGAGCGGGCCACCAAACUCACGACCACCUUCCCAGCCAGCCCCGGCAUCUCCGAGUCCCCAGGGAACGUACUCCUCUAAUUCGGCGGUGGCGCCUCACUGCAGUCCCAUGCGCGCGUUCAGCCCGACCUCAGGCAACGCGGCUCACACCUUCAGUAAUUCGUUCCCCUUCAGUCCGCUUCAGGAAUCACAGACGUCCUCCUUGACGAACAGCGCCGCAAGUAGCGUUAGCGCGAACGGUGCCGCCGGUUUGACGCCCAAACGACAGGACGAAGGGAAGACCGGAUGCCCCGCCGCCAACCAGUCGCCGAUGGAUCCGAACAACGGGAGAAACAACGCGGCCAACGUGCCCGGCAACCCCGGGACGGGCAAGACCGGCCCGUCCACGGCGAACGUUGUCGAGACUCAGAACAGUGUUGUGUCCACCGAGUCCGGCAGGCUCAGAAACUUGUUGACCAAGGGGGCUAGUGCUAGUGAGGACAGUCAGGACAAUACGAAUAACGAUACCGAGAGCCAGAAUAAACAUAGGAUAUUAAAGAUCUUGUUGAACCAGCAAGACGAGGACGAUUUUCACCCGGAGCAUAACAAUAAAGUGCGAACGAGUCCUAGCAACAUGCCCAAACCGAGCAUGGAGCAUUCGAAAUCUACGCGUGAAAAUAAUAUGCUGUUGCAGUUAUUGAACGAGAAAAACGACGACGAAGACGAAGAGGCGCGCGCUGGUUUGAAGAAGAGGAACGAACUCCUGCAACAGCUUUUGAAAGACCAAAACGACGAGAGGAAAGUACAAGAGCAACAGCGCAAGUCACAGUCUCGAGAAGAAGAUCCUCUCUUGCGGAGUCUUGGAUUUCGGAACACCACGCCGUCUCCCUCCCAGUCGGGCGAGAACGUUGGACACGGUGGAUCAACUCAGGUCGGGCAAAAGAGACCGGGCGAGGACGGCGAUUUGAACAUAGCUGUGAAACGGACCAUGGACGGUUCGCAUCAAGUCUCCUCCUCCGGUACAUCCACCAAUGCGACGAGCAAGCUCUGGGAGAAGAACAAAAUGCUGGCUUCGUUGUUAGCUAAACAGCCGCCCCAGCCCACUACUAUCCCACCAGUACCUGCGUCUGUGAUAUCGGCAACGCCACAGGAUAAGCUGCUCCGCAUAGGGUUCAAGUCGCAGCAACAAUCGCAGCAGCAACAGUCUCAACAGCAGCAGCAGCAGCAACAACAACAACAGCAGCAGCAGCAGCAGCAGCAGCAACAGCAACCCUGGACGGGUGGCAGCAUGCAAUCCGUUGGUGGUAACAACACGAUUACGACAACGGCAACUUCCGCGCGUACUCCUCUCCAAAGUCAGUCGAGACAACUACCUCGUCAAACAACCAAUACCUACCUCAGUCAUAUGCUAAGUCAUCAACAAAGGCCCCAGAUGGGUCAGAUGGAUUCGGAAUUCACAAGCAGCGGGGAGUAUCAUCAAACGAGUACCGAUCCCAGUAGUUGGGACAACCAGUCGUCGGAUCCUGACCUUUCGGACAUUUUGGAUCAAGUGAUCGAAUUCGUGCCGGACGAGGCUAUCACAGAGUCGUCUGCGAUAGCAAAUCUCCUAGACGUAAUUGAAGCACCACAGAACAAUGUCAUGAACGAGAAAAUGGCGAUUAACGCGAUACAGAAGUCGUUGAUGUUGUGCGAGACUGCCGUAAAUCCAACGUCUUCCACCAUAACAAUUCCUGGCACGCCUCCAGCUUAUUCUACCGCGUUGGGAACUACACCUGUAACGACGAGCCAUAGUUACCAGCCUCCACCCAUGUACCAGCAACAGCCUAGGAUGAGGUUUAACGCGCAACCGGGCGUCCGGCAGGCCACCACUCAGUUCACGCAGCAGCAGCAAAUACAGCUCCAACAGCAACGGACGAAAUUGAUACAGCAACAGCAACAACAACAAUUAAAACAGAGGCUGCUGCAGCAACAGCAGCAGCAGCAAUUACUCAUUCCUUCCAACGCUACAGCUACGGACCAAAUUACAACCGGCAUUCAUAAUAUCGAUAAUCUUCUCAACAACACCGUUGCUCCAAAUGUGUCGUUACAGCGGUCGAGUGUCCCAGAUUCACAAGUUUCUCCAGGUUAUGGGGGAUCCGUCCAGAUGCCUUCCGGUCACCGACUCGCUCACUCGUACUCCCAUCCGUCAACGUUACCACAACACCCCAUUGUAAACAAUAAUUUCAACAGUGGUCAACAAGUGUCUGCCGCAGCGCGACUCUCGCCGCAUUCUCCCGCUGGUAUUUUGUCGUUCUCUCAUCCGCAGCCGCUGUCGCCACGAGUGACGCAAGGCAACUAUGGUAAUACCCCGAGACUGUUCAACGUUAACCAGGUGAGAUCGCAACAACAGCCCACCGCGCAGCAACAAUUACAGCAGCAGCAGAGAUCGAUGCCAUCGCCAGGAACGCCAGCGUCUGCCCGGCAGUCACCGUUUCCGGCGGAAACCUUUCCCCCACCUACGUCCCCCACAGCUAGCCAAUUUCCACCUGGUCCUAAUCCUGGCGCACCCAAUCCUUCUGCCCAGUAUCGGUUGCAACGGACCACGUCUACGCCUUCAGCCACGACUCAGUUGCCAGGUGGGCUCGGUUCGCCCCGGCACUACGGCGGAGUGAGUAAGGAACAACCUCUUCUUUCACCUAGUCAUCCACAUUCGGGUUGCCCUGCAACGCCGACUCACAAUCAACACAACGUAACGAAUACCCAACAACACUUCUCCAACCAACAACAUUCUUCUAUGAUAUACCACACGACCGCCAAUACUAUCAACACAGCUGACAUGCAGAACAAUCAGUUCUGUUACGAUCGGACGUCUGUUCCACUCUAUUCGUCAGGGCCUGGGGACACGCAGGACGCCAGGCCUCUGCCUCCUGGUAAUCCUGUCAAUCACCAAAUGGGUGGGAACGCUAGCAGCACGUCGGAGUUCGUCAGGCAGGAAUUGAGAGCGAUCGUUGGCGCGCGAACGCAGCAACAGCAGCAACAAAGGGUACCCAACAACAUACAGAACAACCUCUCUGGUCAAGUUUCUCAGGACGAUCUCGACGCGCUCGGUCUUACCUUCGAAAUGUCUUCGGCAGGUGAGGCUGUGGUUAGCGAUGGCCCUGCCAAGAGCUGGGCCAUUGGGAGUGCCGGAAGUGCCCCCUCGUCCUCCAGGACUUCUAUGGAGGAAGUGGCUCGAGGUGAUCCGAAGGUGAACCAGUCGUCGCUGUUACAGAAACUGUUGUCCGAGUGACUGCAGGCCAACGCCUUGCACGGUAAAGGGAUCUAUGUAAUAUACGUUUGAACAUAAAAGGAUGAAACCUGCGGGGGUUGAAAAUGGGGGGAAUACGUUUUGAGCGCCGUGGUUGAACGUUGGAAACGAGAACGAAUAUCGAUCACACACCGCAUAUUACACCCUUAUACGUAAUUGGAUACUAUUGUAUUAUAUGUAAUGCUACAACACACGAAGUCAGUAUUCAGAUACGUAUCACCAAAUACAAUGCGAUAAAAGAAGGAUAAAAGAAAAAAAGAAAAAAAAGAAGCUGCGCAGGUCGCCGCGGCUUCGCGCCGCAACACGGGGCCUUUUUCGUGCCCUUGAAAAAGAUGUAGAAACGCUCGAUACACCGUGGACGGAAAAGAAAAUAGGGGAUUCGCGACGAGAGACGACCGACAGAUCGACUUUUUAUCUUGCACGAACUCGAAGGACCAAAAGUUUCCGCUUCCCCCGUUCGGCCGUCGUCGAGACACUCGACCGCGUCGGAACUGACCGCGGUCCCAAAGGGCUGUAAACUCGUCUCGAGACGUGAGUCGUUCGACAGCCUUAGGGUGAUUCGAAGCCGCGUGAACGAUAAGCACGGUCGUGGAAAAUCCGUCGGUGGAAAAACCGAGUCGAUGGAUCGAUCGCAAUGGGGGAACGAGGGGUGGUCGUUUCAACCCCCUCCAGUCGUCGGGCGAUCUGGUUGAAAAAUCGUUGAUUUUGUUUAUGGCGCGGAGUCUACGUAAAGGACAGAGGGAGGAUGAUCAGGAACACCGUGCAAUUAGUCUAUUCGGAUAAACGUCAAUUUUUAAGACUUUAGCUGUGGUGAAUCUAGGUUCGAGAAAUUUUAUUGUUUUAUCGCGUGUAACGUGGUGCUUUGUGUUUUAAUUUAUAUUAGAGAGUUCGCGUUACUUUUAAAUUUUGUUCGAGUUGCAACACGGCGAGAUACCGAAAGAAGAUAAGUAAGAUUCGCUUUAAUUUUAUACUGUUCGUGAUAUGAAGUUCGUACUAUGAUUAGACGUUAGAAAAGAAAGAGAAGAGAAAUGAUUGUUUUUGGAUACGGUGCACUGGACGUUUAACGUCGUUGAAAUUUGUUUACGUGGCCAUUGCUAGAAAUGUAUACUCCCUGCGUUCGUCCCUUUGAUAAUGAAAAAGAACGGUAUCCACGUUGCCCGGCGGCUGGCGGGGGGUUAAUAACAAAAGGGGCGGUUGCGCGGGGGGCACGUGGCCCGAUAGCGCGCGGCGACGCUCUAUCUUAUUUUAUAUAUAUGUAUAUAUUAUAUAUAUAUAAAAGGAAGAAAGAAAAGCCUUUAUCGGGGCAUCCCAGCUUCGGACGAUAUUCGAGUAUAAAUAUAUAUAAAUAUAAAUAUAUAAAUAUAUAUAUAUAUAUAUAAAUAUUAAUACCGACACGAUAGACUGACGGCCCGCUUGGGGUCAGCCCCCCAUCGUCGGGGAUUGGUCGUCACGUGGCUCCCGUCGGUGUUGUAUUUGGUAUCACUGAAAGAAAGAAACUACGUAGGUACCUCAAAGGUAUACUUUACUAUACCACUGGCUGUUGAACAUAGAACUAUUUAUAGGUUUAAUUAUUGUACACAGGAUGACGUUGAAGGAAAGAAAAAAAAAACAAAAUAGAGCACUAUCACGUAUUCUCUUAAUUUAACAUCCUUUUUGACUAUUACAUUUAUGAAUAAUAUAUUUGUGAUUGUAAGAAUCUGCAACCAAAAUGUGACAAAGAAUACUUGUUGUUGUUAAUAUGAUUAUAACUAUUAUUAUUAUUAUUAAUAUUAUUAUUAUUAUUAUUGUAAUAAUUAUUAUUAUUUUAUUAUUAUUAUUAUAAUAUUAUUAUUAUUGACAUCAUCAUUAUCACUAUUACCAAUAUUCUUGUUGCAAUUACUAUAUUAUUGUAAUAUUAAGGAUUAUUAUUAUUAAUAAUAUUAUUUUAUUAUUAUAAUUAUUAUUAUUAUAUCGAUAUUGAUAUUAUUGAACACUUGGAAUAUGCAUAUUUCUAUUCAAUAGUAAGAGUACCUUUGUAUACAUAUAUAUGUACAUAUAUAUUGUAUAAAUGUAUAUGUAUAUAUACAUAUAUAUGUAUAGGGAUUUAUAUAGCGCGUUAUAUAUAACUGAUUCGCCCGGUUAUUUAUAUAUAAACGGUAUAUAAAUUUACGUAUAUUUAUAUAUGUAUACGUGUGAGGAUAAAAAAAAAAAAAGUGGAGAUCAAUCUUCUAUUUUGCAUAGCUCGGUAAUUCUCCUUUGGGUCUUAGAGAUGCACACUAAAAAUGAUUAAAAAAAAAAAAUAAUAAUAAUAAUAAUAAUUACAUCUAAAUGACAUCUGUUGUUAACAUUGAUCGAAUCGCGGACAAACAAACAAACGAAAUGAAUUAUAAAAAAAAGUGUAAAGCGAAAGAGAUGAAACAAUUACGGUUGGGAAAGAAAAUGUAAUAUGAAAAAUAAAAGUUCUAAUCACGUUUAUAUGUAUAUACACACGCCGCGCGAUACAACAAAAGGAAAAAAAAAACAAAAAAUAAUGAAUGGUGUGUAUAUAUGUAUAUAUAACAUGCAUAUGAAAGAAAUCUCACGCAAGUGUCUUAUUUUUCCAGGAUGUUUACCGAUUAUUAAAACGCGAAAAAAAAUAAUAAAUAAUAAAAGUAAAAGAACGACGGAGGAAGUUGGAAGAAAUUGCCACACGGGGUGUAAACGCGAACAAUUAUAUCAAUAACUAUGUCGAUCGACAGUAAACGCCGACAGAUACGAACAACGGUCGCGACGAGAAACGCGUUCAAUAGCAUUACCUUUUUAUUUCGGCAACGCGGAAAGGGCGUCCCCCGGCGUAGAUCUCUCGAAAUGACGUCAUUUCACCGCGAUCCUCUUUAUCCGAAUUCGCUCGUCGUCCGAUGACGAUGAUUUUUACUUAAUUCUCUCGCUCCCGGUGUUCCACCUUGUAAUUUUAGUUGUUUCUCAUGUUUUUCCACUUUCGUUGCUGUCCCCCGUUAUUGGUUACUUUUUACGCAGGACGAAUUAAUCGACGAAUAGAGUUUAUUAUCGACCCUUCGUCGCGAAGCUCGAAACCGUCGGGGCGCGAAGGGUCGAACGCCUCCGGGGCUCGAGAGAGAUCGUUGUCUCGCGAAUAUCGCCGGAUAGAUCCUUUUUAUUGCGACGAAACGAUGUAUCUUUUUUCUGUUUUUUCUUUUUCUUCUCUUUUAGUUACAAUUUUACGACGCGUAGUAGCGAUUAAUUUUUAUUCGUCACGGGGGGAGGGGGGGGGGGACGCGAAACGUUCUCGUGGGUAGUAGUUUUAGAUAAGAUUCGGGGUUUUGAAUUUUGGUAGCAGACGACGUAGCACCACGGGGGUGGAUAUGACGAGUGAGUAUAAAAUGACGCGAAAAAAAAAAUAUAUAUAUAUAUAUAUAUGUAUAUGUAUACGUAGAGCGAAAGGGCUAUUUUCUCGCGAGGAACGCGACGACACGGCGAUUCUAUUAUCUUCUGUGAUGCGAACACUGGCCUGGAGCACGAGAGAUGGAGGGGAAGGGACGGGGCUGUGUGUAGGCGUGGUGUUGUAAAUCUCUGUCGCACUUUCUUCCAAUUCGAGCGGUUACAAAGAUUGCGUAAAAAGAACCUGUAAAAACACAUUCGUGAGGUACUCUGAAUAUGUACACGUGCAUACAUAGAGACACGUAUACUCGUUUGUUGUCGCGCGUCGCCGUUCACACACGGAUAUACGUGCGCGUGCCACAGGGCGCGCGUGCGCUGCUGCUGUCGCCCCCGUCUCUCUAAUUUGCACGCGUGUGUGUACGCGCGCGCGCUUACGUACACGCGUACGUAUGCCCGCGCGUGUAUAUGUAUGUAUGGGAGUGUGUGGUAAGUGCGUGGGUGUGCGUGUGCGUGUGCUUACGUAUGCGUGAAGCGAAAGUAUGCGAAGAAAAAACGGUGCGAAUGGUUUCACGGUGUGUGCGUGCGGCUCCGCGUGUUUUUUCUCUUUGUGCGUGCGUGCGCUCGUAGGCACGCUUGUACGCGUGUGUGCGUAGUGAAUUACGUCAUAUAGAUAGAUCAUAUGUGCUUUCUAAUGAUGAAUAAUUUUAUAAAUAUAAAUAUAAUAUCGA